UCUCAUUCGUUUAUUUGGUGUCGUCCAACGCGGUGCUGCAAUAUAGUUAUUGUUAGGUAUGUACGUCUCAUACAUUUUCUGCUAUGCUCUGCUCAUUGCAUUGGCCUCUUCAAAGACAUUCACUCCACCCGACAUAUUGUGGUUGGACGAAAACGAAGUGUGCAAAACAAGUUUAGUUCCUGGAAAGUCUCACACGUGCAAAAUAUUAGACGACUGUAAGACGGCCAUUCAGGACAUAAGAGACAACGUUCAGUAUCCGACCAUUUGCAGUUUCAAAGGAAAAAUGCCAGUGGUAUGUUGUGCGCCGGAGACUGUGACCAGAAAAGAAAGACUAGAAUUGAAUGAAAAAAAUCCAAAAAUUUUAGCAGGAAUAACGCUGCAUUUUGAUAGUUACAAAGACGGAUUGCUCGAAGAUAAUCUCAUCACCUACUCUCGACCUCGUCGUCAAAUUUUAUCACGAAACCGAUAAAACACACGAAUAACACCCGAACGCAAUGCAUUUAUUUUAACGAAUCGUUAUAUACACUUAACGGUGUUGUUUUGAUUUAUUCCAAACCAAAUCACAGAUGACAUCAUGCCGCAGGAUAAUGCAGACCAUAAAUUAUUACUGCAAGAAAAUAAAGACCACAAGGUGUACGAUCGUACGAUUUAUAAUCAUAAUAUACGUUGUUACGACCUAUCAUCUCUCCGCAUCACACUAUCCACAGAUUGUAUCACUAUAUUAAAUACACGAGAUAAGUAUACGACUGUGUGUUUAAUAUUACCUAUAUGGAUAUCAGUCAUCGGAAAUUUCGUGAAAACCGCUGAAUUUUCGCAUCGUCAAAAUAAGUAUAACUUAACCUACUGCAUCAUAGUGGUCCGAAUUUUUUUAUCACCACGUCCACCGGUUCGCAUGUUUUAUGCUACGAUUUAUUUAUUUUUGGUGUACACC